AUGGAGUCCACUGCGCUCGCGCGCAUCGCCGCCGCAGAGGCCGCCGCCACCCAGGCCGACGCGCGCAGCGGCGAGCUCCAGCGCGCGCUCACCGCCGUGCGCGACGAGCACCGGCAGACCACCGCGCUCCUCGACACGCGCUCCGCGGAACUCCGCGCUGCGCAGGUCUUCCUCACGCGCGCGGACGACGUCGCGGACAGCGACGUCCUCCGGCUCAUCACCACCCUCAACUCGUGCGUCUUCCAGCUUGCGGCGGCGGUCACAGACGCGUUCCAGAGUCGCUGUGGGGUGGGGCAGGACGGGGUCGGAGACGCGUGCGCGGAGCUCGUGGAGGGGCAGAUGGUCGGGCAGAGCGUCGUCGACGUCUUGCGGCGGGUCGACCACCGCGACGACAACGCGCUCGUGCAGGUCGCGCUCCAGGGUGUCAUGACCACGUACGCGCGCUGGCUGUGCUCGCGGUGGGACCUCUCGGGCGACACGGACUUCGAGGGCGUGUACGGGAGCAUUAAGCUGCAUGAGCCCCAGGCGGUCGCGGGCCGCUGGCGGUCGCUCUGCCGCACGCACCUCCGCGGACUGCGCCUGCCGGACGACGUGCAGAGCGGCGAGGCAGAGCACGCGGUCGUCGGCGCGCUCGCGACCGUCCUCCGCGCGUGCGGGGUGGCGGACGACGCGGACGCGCUCCGCGAGGAGCUCCGCCGCGCGCACGCGGACGGGCUGCGCACCAUCGUCCGCAGCGCGUUCGAGUUCCGGCGCGCGGCGGGCGAGGCGGUCGUCUCGCGCGACUUCGCGGUCGUCGUCGUGCCCGCGGAGGAGCUCUUUGACGAGGCGGGGAUGGAGGACGAGUGGGAGGGGCCGAAGAAGAAGAGGCGCGGGCGCGGGGUCGAGACGGCGCACCCGGUGUUCUGCACGACGGGGCUUGGGCUUAUGCGGGAGGAGAGCAGGAGCGAAGGCGGUGCGCUGCUUCUAGUAAAACCGAAGGUCGUCUUGAAGUCCAUACUCGACAAGAUAUAG